GUUGCAGGCUGCAUUCCUCUCCCGCAGAUAUUCGCGGAGCUUUAAGCGGAGCAGCGGAGUCGCGCGCGCGCCUGUGCCGGUGUGCUCGGUGUGUGUCUCUGCGGGCUGGUGACGGUAGUUUCGGGGCUGUAGGCUUUUGGGUGUGGAGGUCAGGAUGUGGCUCGUGCCGCUGUGGCUGUCCGUGGUGUGCGCGCUGGUGCCGAGGGGCGCGGGGGAAACAGAUGAGUUGCUGGUGAUAACUGCCGCUACAGAAGAGACGGAUGGCUUUCACCGGUUUAUGCGAACAGCCAGAGAAUUCAACUACACUGUGAAGGUUCUGGGACUGGGGGAGGAGUGGAGAGGAGGUGAUGUUGCUAAAACUGUGGGUGGAGGACAGAAGGUUCGGUGGCUGAAGAAAGAGAUGCAGAAACACAAAGACAAACAAAACACCAUCAUCCUUUUCGUUGACAGUUAUGAUGUCAUCCUGGCUGGAGGUCCAGAGGAGAUCUUGUGGAAGUUCGCUCGGUUUAAACACCGUGUGGUUUUCUCCGCUGAGGGGUUCUGCUGGCCCGACCAGAAACUGGCCCCCAAAUAUCCCACUGUCCACUCUGGCAAACGCUACCUGAAUUCUGGAGGUUUUAUUGGCUAUGCUCCUGAAAUUUAUGAGAUAGUGAGUCAGUGGAAACACAGAGACAAUGAUGAUGAUCAACUCUUCUACACACUCAUCUAUCUGGACAAAGCGGCACGGACGAAACACAACAUGACGCUGGAUCAUAAGUCACGUAUUUUCCAGAACCUCAAUGGUGCUGUUGAGGAGGUGGUGCUGAAGUUCGAGAAGUCUCGUGUUCGAGCACGGAACGUUGCCUACGAUACACUUCCUGUAGUUAUUCAUGGCAAUGGGCCAACAAAGUUGCAACUGAACUACCUGGGCAACUAUGUUCCCACAGCCUGGACGUACGAGAACGGCUGUGGAAACUGUGAUGAUGACUUGCUGUACUUCACGGAUGUACCGGAGGAGGAAAUGCCGCUGGUUUAUAUUGGAGUUUUUAUAGAGCAGGCAACCCCUUUUCUGGAGGAGUUUCUUGAGAGGCUGGCAACCAUGAACUACCCGCACACUCGUCUACGGCUGUUCAUACACAACAAUGUGGUGUAUCAUGAACAACAUGUAGAACGUUUCUGGAACCGACAUCGUUCUCUGUUCCCUGACAUUCGCAUUGUUGGACCGGAGGAAAACCUUCAGCAUGACCAAGCUAGAACCAUGGCUGUAGAGGGCUGUAGGAAAGACCCCUCGUGUGGUUAUUACUUCAGCAUUGACUCUGAUGUGGCUCUGACCAACCCAGACACCCUGCGGAUCCUUAUUGAGGAGAACAAGUCGGUGAUCGCCCCCAUGCUGUCCCGUCAUGGUAAACUCUGGUCGAAUUUCUGGGGUGCUCUGAGUCCGGAGGGAUAUUACUCUCGCUCUGAGGAUUACAUCGACAUUGUACAAGCCAAACGAGUUGGUGUGUGGAAUGUCCCAUAUAUAACGCAGGUGUACCUGCUCCGCGGGGACGUUUUGCGCUCCCGGCUGGCUGACGUCUCUCUGUUCAAGCAGGAGGGGGCUGACCCAGACAUGAUCUUCUGCAGGGCUGUCCGAGACCAGGGUGUGUUUAUGUUUGUGUCUAACAGAGACGAGUUCGGCAGAUUGGUUUCCACAAAGAACUACAACACCAGCAGGCUGUACCCAGACAUGUGGCAGAUAUUCGACAAUCCCCUGGACUGGAGAGAGAAGUACAUUCAUGAGAAUUAUUCGAAGAUCUUUGAGGACGGGGAGAACGUAGUGGAGCAGCCGUGUCCAGACGUCUACUGGUUUCCUGCCUUUUCUGACCGGAUGUGUGACGAGCUGGUGGAGACCAUGGAAGAUUUCGGCGAAUGGUCCGGCGGGAGACACAAGGACGAGCGAUUGGCUGGGGGGUAUGAGAACGUUCCUACAGUGGAUAUUCACAUGAAUCAGAUCCAGUUUGAGAAAGAGUGGCUCAAAUUCCUUAAAGACUACAUCGUCCCAGUAACCGAAAAACUCUACCCAGGAUAUUACCCAAAGGCUAAUGCAGUGAUGAACUUUGUGGUCCGUUAUCGUCCGGAUGAGCAGCCGUCCCUUCGUCCACAUCACGACUCCUCAACAUUUACCAUCAACAUCGCUUUAAACAGCAAAGGAAAAGACUAUGAGGGUGGGGGCUGUCGCUUCGUGAGGUACAACUGUAGGGUAGAAUCUCCGAGGAAGGGGUGGUCUUUUAUGCACCCUGGUCGUCUCACACAUUACCACGAGGGGCUGCCCACCACACAAGGCACACGCUAUAUCAUGGUGUCCUUUGUCGAUCCCUGACCCUUCGCCUGUGUGUGUGUGUGUUUGUGUGUGUGUAUGUGUUUGUGUGUGUGUGUGUGUGUAUGUGUUUGUGUGUGUGUAUGUGUUUGUGUGUGUGUAUGUGUUUGUGUGUGUGUAUGUGUUUGUGUGUGUGUGUGUGUGUGUGUGUGUGUGUGUUUGCUGAAUGUAAUUUAACACAGGUGAGCAGCUGUCCGGCGAUGCGACCCCUCAGCUCUCUGCUCAGAGAGGCUGCAGUAUUAGUGUUAGGUCUUUUUUUGUUUGUAUCUAAAAUGAUAAAUGAUUUUUAAUGAUGAUGAUCUAUUUUAUAUUUCAUUGAGAUUUUUACAGUUUUUACAUUUUUAUAUGAGGAAUGUAAAGAAGUGACAUUUCAACCCCCGUGAGAUAACUGUUACAACACUGAGAACUCUCUUCUGAGCUUUUUGUAAAAAGUGCUUUAAAUUAUUUUGCUCUGAUAUGCAGAAUAAAGUUCUUAGUUUCUAA